AUGGCAGUUACCGUGGCCCCAGACCACUUGAACAGUUCCGGGCUUCGCAUCGAAUAUGCUCAAGGAAAAGGCCGAGGCGUGUACGCAUCUCGUGAGAUACCCGCGCAAACUCUCAUUGAAAUCAGCCCGGUCCUCCUGUUCUCUGCGGCCGAGUACGAGGCGCACGGGAAGCACACCGUGCUCGACCAUUACACCUUCGUGUGGAGAGAUGGCAAGAUGGCGCUGGCUCUGGGCCUAGGCUCGCUGUUCAACCACUCCCAGAAGCCAAACGUUUCUUAUUCCAUCGACCCGUCCACCGAGUCCAUUCGAUACACGACCUUCCGCCCGAUCGCGAAGGACGAGGAGCUCUGCAUAUUUUACGGCCACAAGCUAUGGUUCGACCCCGUGGAUGCAGUCGACAAGAGAGCGCCCCCAGUAGAAGAUGAGCUCGACGAUGGAUGGGGAGGUCUUGCCGCCGUCGAGGAGGAUGAAGGCGCCCCAGACACCGAUAUCGAUAUGGGACUCUUUGACAAGUUCCAGGAUGGCAAAGAGGCCGAUCUUGUUUCAGAGGGGGACCUUCCGUUCAGCAGGGUCCGGCUGACCCCCGAUGAAGAGGAGGAGAAAGACAUGGACUCCAUACGCAAAGAGGACGCAUGGGUAGUCGACCUCCCCGACCCGCGCCUGGCCGCCGCGAUGUUGAAGUGGCUCAAGUCCAGCGGUCUCGACACCCCUGCGCUAUCUCACCUCAAACGCAUCCGCAAGCUACCCGACUCCGGGCGCACCAGCAUGCUCCUCGUUCUAACGAGUGACCAUCCGUCCCCGCCAACCAUUCCUACCGACCUCUCUCCGCGCAUCCCCGACCCCUACAUUCUCGCGGUGCCGAGGACGGCCGCGUUGACGCCAAACUCGUUGAAGCUCAAGUCGACGCUUUGGCCGACGAUCUACGCCCCGCGCAAAAAGUUUGAGCCGGAGCCAUGGACUGUCGGCCGCGCGCGCUGGGCGUGCGCCGCUAUGCGGGACGUGGUGCUGGACGCGCGAGACGCGGGCGCCCGGGGCGAGCUCCCUAUCGCGGCGCGCGUGCCGAUGCCGCACGACGACGAGACGCGGACGGCGACGCGGAUGUCCGCGCCCGUGAGCGCGGGCGACACACGGCGGUCGGCGGCGCACCCGCUCAGACAUGCGGUGAUCAACCUUGUUCGGGCGGUGGGCGAGCUCCGCGCGUCGUCUGCGCCUGUGUCUACGACAGCGUCCGAGUCUGCGUCCCCUCCUACCCCUGCCGCCUACGCCCCACCCGGCUCUUCCAGCGAACCGCCUGCGACGUCCGCCCCCACCCCAGCGCCGGAGCGCGACGCUGAAGAUUCGCGCAACGGCGCGCACUACCUCCUGACGGCCCUCUCGCUCUUCACGACGCACGAGCCAUGCAUCAUGUGCAGCAUGGCGCUCCUCCACUCGCGCGUCAAGGAGGUCUUCUUCCUCAUCCCGAUGGCGAAGACCGGCGGGUGCGGGGGCUCGACGUGCGUCCCGCGGCUGGAGGGCGUGAACCACCGGUACGGGAUCGGAGCGUGGAAGCUCGACGGCGGCGACGGGAGGCAGACGGGGUGGGCAGAUCGGCUGGGGCUGGGCGUGGACGAAGCGUGCGAUGCGUAG